AUAAUAUAUAUACGUUUAAUCAUACGAAUAUGAUAAAAAUGAUAACAGUUGUUUAUGCAGACAAAAUAUUGUCUUAUGUUUCAUUAAACAUUAAAUAAAUAGUUUAUCUUAAAAUAUUUUAAAAUAAAUUCCAAAUUUAAAAGGUUAGAAACUUCGGUGUCGUAUAACAAUUAGUUGAACGGUAGUUUGAUCUGUGUUUAAUUAAAGAUAUGAAGCUGGAAUCAAUAAUUGCCGUUAUAUUCUGUUUUCUUGAGUUGUCGUCUGCUAGAAGUGUGGAAAGAAAAAGGAGCGCCAAUGGAGCUAAAUCUUCCAGAAAGCAGUCAUGUCUUCUGCUAGAGUUACCGCUCCAAGAAAAUCUUAAUUUGAAAAGAUUUGAAGGAAAAUGGUACGGAACAUUGAAGACUGGCAUUGGGGAUUCGCUGUUGUCUUACUUUACAGAGAUAUACGAUGCAAGGAUACGGUUUAAAAUCAACACUGAAGGUGGUUUCGACUUAAAUGCCGUUGGUUCCAAGUUUUACGGUGGCUGGUGCCCAAAGGGUCGAGGUAAAGCUGUGAUACCGGACAAGGACUACCCGGCACGGAUGACUAUGUUCUUCGAUACAACAAUAGGGAGAAAGAUAGGCAUGAAACCGGGCUGGAUACUCAGGACUGAUUAUGACAACUAUGCAAUAUUAUAUUCCUGCUGGAAAGAACAAACUGACGGACACUGUGACCCAGCAAGUACAUACGCCGCCGUCAUACAGCGUAGCCCAAAACCAUUGACGCCAAGUAAACAAGCGGAAAUAGAGAAGGCGCUAAAAUCUGCCUGCGUGGACAGCCGGAAGUUGUCACCUGUAAACCAUUACGGAUACUGCACGGGUCAUGAUGGAUUGUAGCUAAACUUUAAACUAUGCAGCUUGAAUGCCCCUUUACAGCAAUCUAUUUGGACGACUGGAAACAUUUCUGACUAGCUUCUGUGAAAAAUCACCAAACUAGAUAUUUCAUAAAUCAUGUUUAUUAUGUUGCCAUAUGUAAAGAGCCAUUGUAUAAAAUGCCGACGGCCAAUAGUUUUGAAUUUUGACCGGUAAGCCAUUCUGUAGGUGUUUAUCACAUGACACAAGAAGUUAAGUGUUUAACUAUAAACCGGUCAAUAAUACAAACUAUGGACCGGCGAUUUAUAUGAGGAGUCAUAAAUAAUGAUUAAAGUAAGUCCUAUGCCAUGUCAUACUGCGACUUUCCAGCUUUUGAUGGUGGAGGAAGACGCCAGGAGCCCCUCUGUGCCGCUUUAUGUCAAGUUUUCAUUCCUACAAACAAGUUUUCAAGGCACCCGAGCCAUUUUUCCCACCGUGUCCCAGCAUUUGAUCUGUCCGUCUCGACACCGAACGUCGGAAAAUUCGGGAGAUUGUUCACAGCUGAUUUCACUGUUUAAUCUCGUAAUCCAUCAAUUAAACACAACUAGAACAAUAAAAUCCAACUUCACUGAAGUAAUUCCAUCCUCGUCGCCAGAUGUUCUAUGUGUUUGGAAUAAAAUAAAUAGAUAUAUGGAGAACACAAUUAUA